AGACCCGGAGAACAAGGCUACAACCUUCUGGUUUUCAUAACAGCAUCUCCCCUCCAGUAGGGCUGAGGCAUGGGCGGAGCUUGAUGAAACUCAAAUAAACACUGACACACAGCAUCUUGUGAGUAUGUGCAGCCUCAGAAGGACAGACUGCAGUAGCUAAAAGGAUAAGGACAGCUUAAAACCUCUGGCAAGAUGAUCAAAUCCUUCAAGCAAACAUUUCUGUCCCUGGAUCUGCAGUCCCCUCGGUGGAGCUCAGGAGAAACGAUGACAAAGGAUUAUGAACUCCGUCAGUAUGAGACAGCAAAGUGGGUCAGCACAGUCAUUCCGGGAGAAACCCAGAAGGAAGCAAUGCGCCAGGGCUUCUGGAAGCUCUUCCACUACAUCCAAGGAAAGAAUGAUAAAGAAAUAAAGAUUGACAUGACUGUGCCAGUGACAUGCCUGAUAAAAUCUGGCUGUGCAGACUUCAAGAUCUCUUUCUUUGUGCCUUUUGAACACCAGGACUCUCCACCACAGCCCACCGACUCGGAUGUGUUUGUUGAAGAGCGGAAGGCAGCACCCAUCUUUGUCCGGUCCUUCGGUGGAUUUGCCUCCCCAGAGAAAUAUGCUGAGGAAGCUGAAGUCUUGGCCAGAAUCUUGAGAAACAGAGGCCAACCGUUCCAUGAAGACUUCUUCUAUACUGCAGGCUAUGACAGUCCCUUCAAGCUCUUUAACAGGCACAAUGAAGUGUGGUAUUUUAAAAAGUAAUAUGGUGGGGGGGAUAUUAAGAGGCUACUAAUCAGCUCUGGAUGAACACAGACCUUACUAAUGGCUUUUGCUUUAGUGCAGAAGAGAUUUAAUAUGCA